AUGAUCUCCAACGUGAGUGUGAUGCAGAUUGCGUCGGUGGAGCGACUGAUGAGUCACACAGAUAAGGUGGACCUGUACCUGGGCGACCGCCGGGGACGUACCGCCCUACACCUGGCAGCCAAAUAUGAUUACGAGACAUGUGCUAAGCUGCUGCUGUCCAGUUCAGGCUUCACACGGUGCCCCAACCAGCCCUGUAGUAACGGCUAUCACCCUAUUCACAUCGCCGCCCGAAACGCCUCAGUCGGAGUGCUGGAAGCGCUCCUCAACUACACUGAGAGUCGAGGCUGCGUCAGACAGAGGAUGAUUACCAUACCUGACCUGGAGGGUAACGUGCCCCUCCACCUGGCCGUCCACGGAGGAGAGAUUAAGGCGGUGGAGCUGUGCCUGAAGAGUGGGGCUCUCAUCUCCACGCAGCAGGACGAUCGGUCGACGCCCGUCCACCUGGCCUGCUCUCAGGGCUCCUACGAUAUCGUCAGGCUCAUGUUUACGCUGCAGCCAGAGGAGAAGAAGAAGGCAUUGGCGACACUGGACGCCCAGGAGAUGAGUCCUCUCCACUGUGCCUCCAUGUUUGACCACCCAAAGCUCGUCACCUAUCUCAUCCAGGAGGGGGCGGAGGUGAACCAGGUGGAUCAAGAGCACCGUUCACCAAUGCUACUGGCGGCUGCGCACGGCGGCUGGCGCAGUGUGGACGUCCUCCUGGCGAACAACGCAGACCCCUCCAUCAGGGACCUCACUGAUAAGAAUCUGCUUCAUGUGGUCAUCAUGAACGGCGGCUCCCUCAGUGACCUCCUCGCUCUCAACCAAGUCAAGGACGCCUGGUGGAUGUCUCGUCUCAGCGUCAUGUUGAACGAGCAGGACUCCCUCGGGUGGUCUCCUCUUCACUACGCCUCUCGGAGUGGCCAGAUUAGCUCCCUGGCAUCCCUCCUCCGCCUCGGCGCCUCCGUCAGGACGAAGGACAACAGGAACGAGAGUCCUCUGCAUUUUGCUGCCAAGUACGGCAGGUACAACACGGUGAGGCACCUGGUAGAGUCCAGUAACGGCUUCCUCAUCCUGAACGAGUGUAAUGACGAGGGCAAGACAGCACUACACAUCGCCAGCGAGGAAGGUCACACUCGGGUGGUUCAGUUGCUCAUCAGUAAGGGGGCGCUGCUCCACCGUGACCACCAGGGGCGGACUCCCCUCCACCUGGCGGCAGCAGGGGGACAUAUGCAAACCCUCGCCGCAAUCCUGGCCGUCCACGCCCACACCCUCGACCAAACCGACAAGGAUGGCAACACGCCUCUUCACUCAGCUGUCAGAGCCAACAAGCCAGAGGUGGUGAGUCAGCUGUUAUCCCUGAACUGUAAGCUACUGGAAAAUAACGCCAACUGUAAACCCAUCGACUGUGCCAUCCAGUACAGGCUCUCCGAAGCUGCACUCGCACUCGUCACGCAUCCCAGGGGACCAUCAGAGGUGGUGGGAACAUCGAGUAAGGUGAACGGGUGUGUGUGUAUGGCUCUCAUCCGCACACUACCUAAGGUUUUCCAAGCUGUCCUCGACCAAGCCAUAAAGAAGGCCGAGGUCAAGGAUACUUCCAAGAACUUCUUCGUGAGGUACAGCUUCUACCCCCUCCAGUUGAACGAGGAUCAGCUGCAGUGGGAGAGGACCAAACACAAGGACCCCAAGUUCCGCCCGCAGCCCCUCUAUGCUUGUAAUGCAAUGGUAGAGAGCGGACGUGUGGACCUGCUGAUGCACCCGCUGACGCAGACCUUCCUGGAGAUGAAGUGGCAGGCCUAUGGCAAGUAUAUCCACCUGUCCAACCUGUUCGUCUACCUGGUGUUCCUCUCCCUUGUCACCGUCUUUGCUGUCAAGGUUCUCGGCAACAACAGCGCCGUCUCCGCCUCCAUCAACGCCACCUCUCGCUACGACCUAAGUAACGACACCGACAACUGGGACCGAUUUGUGUAUGAGGUGUACGAGACCACUGGAUGGAUGUAUUGUAUGGGUGUUGCCAUCAUGGUGUUCGCCUGCCUCGGCAUAGUGAAGGAGAUCCUCCAACUCUACCACCACGGGCUUAAGUACCUGACGGAGGCGAUCAAUGUGGUGGAGUGGACACUCUACCUCACCUCCAUCUGCAUGGUGCUACCUGUGUUCCUGGGUACAGGGUGGAGAGCACAACAGUUCAACUCGGCCGCUCUCGCCGUUUUCACCGCCUGGUUCACCCUUCUUCUUUACUUCCAGAGGUUUGACCGUAUCGGAAUCUACAUCGUCAUGUUCUUGGAGAUCCUCAACACGCUGCUGAAGGUCCUCCUUGUCUUCUCCGUCCUCAUUGUCGCCUUUGGUCUCGCCUUCUACAUCCUUAUUCACUCGUCUUUUCUCCUCUUCCUACAGGGUGGCCAUUUAUCCUUCUCCAAUGUGCCCAUGUCAAUGAUGAGGACCUUCUCCAUGAUGCUAGGAGAGGUGGACUUCCUCACCGUCUUCAUCUACCCCUUCUUCCAUGAGAGUGUGAAGGACUACCAGCUUCUCUUCCCUCGCACGACAUUCGCACUGCUCCUGGUGUUCAUGAUCCUGAUGCCUAUCCUCCUGAUGAACCUCUUGAUCGGUCUGGCUGUUGGUGAUAUUGAGAGUGUUAAGAAGAACGCCCAGCUGAAGCGUAUUGCCAUGCAGGUGGAGCUACACACGGAGCUGGAGAAUAAACUGCCAGAGGUGUUGAUCAAGCUAGUCAACAAGACAGAGGUGCUGGUGUACCCCAACUCGCAGUGCAGUAAGGGGCUCUUCCACCACCUCCUCAGCGCCUUCAGCUUCGUUUGUCCCAUCAAUGAGAAGCGCGGUAUAGCAGCAGACCUGGAGAGCCUCGAGGGUGGGGGCAGCGAGGACUACCUGUGGGAACAGUUGGAGGGACAGCACAGGCGACUGAGGGACAUUUCGUCUGUGCUCGACCAGCAGACGAAACUCCUCCGCCUUAUCAUGCAGAAGAUGGAGAUCAGGAGUGAGGCGGACGAGUGUGAUGAAGGUGUGAGUCUGGAGGACAUCGUGCAGGUGCGUCAUGUCAACAAGAAGUUUUCCCCACCCUCUGCCUCCUCCAGGAGAGCAUUGGUGACCAGGAAAGACUGAGACUUGACUCACAUCCUUGUCACAAGUGCAGCAGAUCGAAGACACAAUACAUUUCUCUCUGUAUUCUCAGCAAAAGACCAACUCACUGAGGAUUCACCUUCUGCACGACUCAAUAUUUGUGUGUUGUGUGUUAUGAAACGUGCGUCAUUUGUGUGUUCACUGUCAUAAGAAAAUAAAUGUUACAGCUUUGUGUUAAGUAAUAGUGUCAAACUGGACUAGACAGAGGAACCAAUAAUCUAUAUGUUAGUAUGUGUAUAUUUGUGUAUCAACAUCACUCCCACCUAAAGGGGGUGAGAUGUACGCACAGGGACCAACUAAGAAGAGGAUCUGUGUGUUGUAAGACGAAAAAGACAUAAAACUUUAAUUCUGCAACUAAUACUGAUGUUGGUUACUGGAACUAUAUCUGUUGUUGCUGAACAUUUUCUUGAGCAGCCCCAGACCACAGUCAGGCGUUCAUCAUCCAUAAAGAAGUGUUGCCUCACUACUCUACACUGUCCAAGUAACAGACACCUAGCACCUCAGGUCAUCCAGCGCCGCACCCACCGUGAGAAUUGUCUCCAUUUAUUAUAUUCUUUCUUAGAAAAUUGUGACGUCUCAUCCUUGCACACAGUUAAGUAAUGUAGUGAUAGCAACUGGUGUUGUACUCAGCAGACAGACCAAGGAAGAUAUUCACUCUGCCAUGAAGACAAAGAUGGACUCAAGAUAGACUAGAUAAGAACACUAACCUGGAAACUGUGAAGAAAAUGACCUCUGAUCUACCUACUCCAUGUAACAGUCAGGUCAUCAGAGGAAGUUAAGUGCUGGCUAGAUUAUGCCCACUCAUUGACACUCGCAGGUCAAAACAGUGAGUUACAGGGUGUUGUAGCUGUGUUUUAGUAACUUGUCUGACCAAGUUCAGUAGUUUAGAGGUGUGGGGGUGUAGUCGUAGAAAAUGACUUGAAAUAUGUACUGUAGUAACGAAGGAAUGACUUAUUUUACUCGAUGUUUAGGAUGAAGGAAUGGUUUCAGCUUUUGUUGUUGUCAUGGUAACCGUUAAGAUCUUUUGAACAAAAAUCUUCUUGAAUUGAGAUUUGCUGUAGUUAUUGCAGUAGGUUAUUAUUUUUUAAUCAGCAAAAUUUCAGUUUACUCUGCUGAAUAUUUUUUUUAUUUUAUCACUGAAAGAUAAAUUGAUUUACAACUCUUUCUACUGUACGUGCUUAUUGACUAUUACAAUGUGUUAUUUGUUUUGUUUUAUUAAUAAUGCUGACUAAUGAUUGGAAAUUACUCGAUACAUUGAUUAUGUUGUGUAGGUGUGAGGGAGUGACUUAAACAUUUGUUAUGUUGUGUAGGAGUGAGGAAUUGAGUAAUUUUACUUCAAUCAUUUAGGAAUGACGGUAUGGCCUAAGAAUAUUCAAAUUCUGUAGAAAAGGAAUGACUUAAGCUUUACCAAAGUCGGAUAGGAGGGAACGGUUAGUGUUUGAAAUACUAAUAAAAUAUAAAUGUUUAUUAGGAGCACAGACAAUUAGUCUGUGAAAAUAAAAUUAAUGAUUAGACUG